CACUGGAUGGAUGCACAUUCAAAAUAAAAAUAAAAAGUGAGGAGAUGAAACUGAACGCACCAAACGAGACGUCACAUUAAAAACAGUUUAUCUAUCGAAUUCAGAGUUCUGUUUAGAAUUUUUAAAUCUUAUUUUGACAUAAUGGUAACUCCCGAAAGUUUUGUUGUGCAGGGUGAGGCUGCUGAAUCAGAUGAUGAUGAGAGCAACACAAACUACAAAGUGACAAUCGUAGAUGGUGAAGCUCCCGAAUCGGAUGAAGAAAUCGCAUCCUUUUCCAAUCUGCCAUCUGUGAAUCACAUGGGCGCGCGAUUUAAACCGAACCACUCACCACUCUCAUCGCCUAUUCGUAUCCGAAGCGUUGAAGAAUCUCUUUUACACAAGAAACUAUGCGAACGAAAUCUCUCACUCUGGAACAGCUUGAAUGCGCUUAUUCAGUCAACAGUUUCGGGUACAUCCAAGAAAUUGAUUGCCACGGACCAGUUACUGGUUCAAUCACAGGUUACAUUGCAGACCGCUUCCAGGACAAUUAAGAAGGUCAAUGAAACUACAGCCGAAGUUGCUGAUAAAUUCAAGUCAAUUGUCGACGGCAAUUUUAUACCGCCAAUAACUUUGAGUUGAUGUGAUGCGUAGCGUCUGGAUUUAUAUUUACCCACACAAUGUGAUAAUCAAAAUGGAAAUACAAAACGGAAAUGAUAUUUUUGCUCGAAAA